GUCAUCUCAUACCAAAGCCAUGUCGUCUGAAAAAGCGUCAUCAAGCGAAAACAUUGUUAGCCAGAAGUAUGACAGGUGUCUGGCCGAUCUCUUGGUGAAGGCCGGUGUAGGCUUCAGCGUUGGAGUCGUUGCAUCCGUCAUUAUUUUCCGAAGACGAACAUGGCCUAUUGCUCUUUCAACAGGCUUCGGUAUAGGUGCAGCAUACGCAGACUGCGAUCGCUCAUUCAACCCCGCACGCGUCUCGGGAACACGCAUAAUAUCUCAGACAGACGAGAGCAAAUGAUCUUGCUUGACAUAUCACUCGAUAGUAUUGCGGAGAGCACUGCACAGAGCCAACAAUAUGAUCGUGAGCCUCAAGGACUUGGCAUUAUUUUACAUAGAGCGCCUUCGCACACCCUUCCACCUUCCAUAGUUCACAACGCGAAUGUUCAUUCUCCUUUUGACCAGCGUUCACUUCCGGCAUGAGAGCCUUCGGGCAGUAAUUCAUUGGUUGUAGAAAGAGGUUGUGGUGCCUCCUUAGGCAGUGUUCUUCGAGGUUUUCCGAGCACGAGACGCUCGUAGAGUACGUAUGCUGUUGCUGCCAUAAUGGGAACCGUGACGAUGAUGGUGCGAAGCCUGCGAGCUUGGGGAGGCAGCUUCUGUGGCAUUGUGUAACUUUCUAGAUUGCAGUACUUAGUACCGAUUCAUGGUAGUUGUGAAGCUUGUCCAGAAAGAAAC